GGUGGCAUUUUCUUGGGAUCAGUUUACGUUUUUAGGAGGGUGAUGAUUUCAGCUUGCCUUGUUCUCCUUAGGUUUUGUAAAUUCCUUUGGUGAUAAACUACAUAAGUGUUAGGUGGCUGUGGUAGGUACAAAAAAAAGUCUAACACAUGGCAAGAACAGGAAAUGGGAAAGCCUUUUUACUGGCAGCCAAGUGUUGUGUUGUUGUUCCCAAGUAUCAUGGCAACAGGACAACUAAACCAAUCCACUUGCUUAGUAUCUUUUUGAAGAGUAGUAAGAUUAAUUUGCCAAUAGAUGGAAGAGUCUGUCAGCUAUUAUAAAGUGCAAAGUAAUCAGCUAAACACUAAUUUUGCCCUAUCUGCUUACAUGAGAUAAAGAUGCCCUAUCUCCCACAGAAUAAAAAUACUUAAUUUUCUCCUCUUGCUUACGAUUCAGAUGAAGACAAGAACUGCUCAUCUUAGAACUCAACUUAGAACUGCUCUCGAGUCUACCUUAUUUCUGUCAUGAAACAACAUUCUUUGGAAAGCAGAGUGUCUUUACCCUUUUAUUUUUUUAAGUUUAUUUUUUGAGAGAGAAAGAGUGUGCAUGCAGGGGAGGGGUAGAGAGAGAGGGGGAGAGGGAAUCCCAAGCAGGCUCUGUGUUGUCAGCCCAACAUGAGGUUCCAUCCUAUGAAACCAUGAGAUCAUGACCUGAGCCGAAAUAAAGAGUUGGAUGCUUAACUGACCGAGCCACCGAGGCACCCCUACCCUGUCUUUUAAUUUGGUUGAGAGAAGGUAACACAAGUGGGGACAAGAAAAAAAAAAAAAGGGCCAACUAACUUGAAAGUACAGAAGAAUCCAGCUAUGAGAAAAAGAGUCAAAUUAAGCUGCUGGUUGAGGUAAUGGCUGCCUCAACCAUAACUGACAAUUCAUGAUUUAGCCAAAAUUGCUAAAGGGUUCAUAAAUUAUAAAAAUGUUUCACUGUAAAUCUUACCUCUGCUAUGAGGACUCAUCAUAGAUAAGUGGUCUGGGGAACCCGGCAGGGGUUGCUUUUCUGCUCCCAGUGUAUAUAUGUGUGUAUGUAUGUAUGUGUAUAUGUAUGUGUGUGUGUGUGUGUGUGUGUGUGUGUGUGUGUUUAAAUAGAGAUUUACAACAGGUUUUCAUGGAGAAUUUUUUAUGCAAUACAGGAACAGGAUCCAUUUGACAUCUAACCUUGGAAAUAUUGGCAGUUUAAAAAAAUUUUUUUUAAUGUUUAUUUUUGAGAGAGAGAGACAGAGUGCAAGUGGGGGGAGGGGCAGAGAGAGAAGGAGACACAAUCCGAAGCAGGCUCCAGGCUCCAAGCUGUCAGCACAGAGCCCGAUGUGGGGUUUGAACUCAUGAACUGUGAGAUUGUGACCUGAGCCAAAGUUGGACACUUAACUGACUGAGCCAACCACGCUCCCCAAGGCAGUUUUUCUUAAACAAUUCAGUACCUCAACUGCUGCUUUUUCAUUUUGUAUACUGCAAGUUCCCAAGCAACUCAAAUUUGCAAACACAGCUAUGGAUACAAUAUUUGCUUUACAGUAGUUACCUGGGAAUCUAGGUCUCUGUUUUUUUGUUAUUUUCCCCUCCCCUCCAUUUCUUGAUCAUAUAUAACUAGCAACACUUAUGGUUAGAAGUUGAUUUACAAGUUUCUAAGUCUGUGGCUGAUGGUUUGUAGCCUCUAGUUUGAAGCAAGAAAAGAAUGAGUAGUCAGGAACUAGUCACUUUGAAUGUGGGAGGGAAGAUAUUCACAACAAGAUUUUCUACCAUAAAGCAGUUUCCUGCCUCUCGGUUGACAAGAAUGAUAGAUGGCAGAGACCAAGAAUUCAAGAUGGUUGGUGGCCAGAUUUUUGUGGACAGAGAUGGUGUUUUAUUUAGUUUCAUCUUAGAUUUUUUGAGAACUCACCAGCUUUUAUUACCCACUGACUUUUCAGACUACCAUAGGCUUCAGAGAGAGGCUCUUUUCUAUGAACUGGAUCCUCUGAUUGAUCUCUUAAACCAAGAACACUUGCUACAGCCAAGACCUGCUUUUUUGGAGGUGCAUUUCCUAAGCCGAAACACUCAAGCUUUUUUCAGGGUAUUUGGCUCUUGCAGCAAAACAAUUGAGAUGCUAACUGGGAGGAUUACAGUGUUUAUAGAGCAACCUUCAGCAAUAACCUGGAGUAGUAACUCUUUCCCUCCUCAGAUGACUUUACUUCCACUGCCUCCACAAAGACCUUCUUACCACGACCUGGUUUUCCAGUGUGGCUCUGACAGCACUACUGAUAACCAAACUGGAGUCAGGUAUGUUUCUAUAAAACCUGAUGAUCGAAAAUUGGCCAAUGGAACUAACGUCCUCGGCUUACUAAUCGACACUUUAUUAAUGGAAGGCUUCCAUCUAGUCAGUGCUAGAACAUUAUCUUCUGAAGACAAAACUGAAUGCUAUAGCUUUGAAAGGAUAAAAAGGCCUGAAACUUUCACCAUGAACAAAACACUGAAACCAGAGACUACCAUCAUAUCAGAGCAAUCUCAGAAAAAAAAGUGAGAUUCUCUAUUCUCUUUUAGAGUGAAGAGAAUUGCCAUUUUCUUGUUUGGAAAUUCUGUAUUUAUGGCAUAUAUGUUAGUCAAAUAUGUACUCCACUUAACUUGUGGCCUUGUCUCCUAGCAUGCCUUCUCUGGCAACCAUACCUCAAUCGUGUUUAGGCCAUACUAACUGCUUGCUCUCUAAGUAACAACAUGCACUUGGUCCUUUGGCACAUGUUUCUUCUACCUUCAAUGUCUCUUUCCCUUUCUUUUCUUCAUGAACACUUACACAGCUUUCAAGAGUGCAUUCUGGAAUCAGAAUGCUUGAUUUCUAAUCCCAACUCAAUCAAUUACUAGCUAUACAAUUUGGGCAAGUUAUUUAAGUUGUCUGUGCCUCAACUUCUUUAUCACAUGGGGAUAAUAUAUCUCCCUUGUAGGAUAUGUGAAAAUAAAAGGAAAUAACGUAUUCAACACAUCUCCUGGUACCUGGUGGGCACCAAGUCACUGUUGGUGAUGGUGAUG